AUGCUUGUUCCGCACAACAUACCUUUUAAAAUCGUUAAGCGCGGCCGAGGCCGUUUAAAAAAUCUUUUAUCCGCUUUAAUUAUCGCUAUUGCUGCAAUUACGGCGGCGGCGGCGGUUAUACUUCGCAUUCUUACCUCCGAGCCUUCGCCUUUUCUUCUAGACCUUCUUAUUAAGCGCUUGCUUAUGCUAACGACCGUUAAGGCUUUAAAGUGCAUCAAGUGCAUUAAUAGUAAGAUCAUAUCGAAGUCUAAUAAAAACUGUUAUAAUUGCGAUACGAGCGUCAUUCGUUAUCUCCGGUAUGCUAAAGGUAGCUAUAGCAAUUGCACCGCUGCUUUUGCCGCUAUUAACACCGCUUUUAAUAACUUCCUUGCUUUAAAUGCUGCUUUUUCAAAAAGUAUUACUAGUAGUCCGGGCGGUCUAACGAGUAAAAGUAAAGGUUUUAAAAGUAGUCCCGAUAGCUUUGUAGGUUUUGCUUUUGCUCUUAAGACUUUCAAUUUGAAUAUAGCUUUUAUUAGAUUGAAUAGUCUUAUAGCAGCGAACCGUGGUCUGGUGACGCGAAGCGCUUCGAGUAUAUUAUCUUUUCCUUUUGCGCUUGCGCUAGCCGCCUUUGUUGCUCCUAUCGCUUCCGCAGCUCCCGUCGCUCCCGUAGCACUUAUUAUCGUCGCCUCCUUUACGCUAGUUGUUGCGCUUGCCGCUUUUACGGCGGCGCUCGCCGUUGCUAUAACGCUUGCGAAGCGCCGAGCUAAAUAUAUGCGUGCUAUUAAAGCUUUUCGACGAACGCGCGAGCGUCUUGUAAAUUUAAGAGCUUGA